CUGGCUAGCCUGGAACUCACUUUGUAGUGCAGGAUGACCCAGAACUACUAGUCAUGCCUCCAUUCCCCAAGUGCUAGGUUUUCAGACUGGUAUUAUUGUACUCUGCUUGUCUUAGAAGCUUUUCUAGAAACUGAUCCGUCAAGUACAGCACAUAUAGUUGAUUUAUCUUUGGUUUUGCCUUGCCUGACACAUGGCCAGGCUCAGUGUUCAUCAGUAAAACAACCGUAGUUCUGAGAUACAUAACACAUAAACCUGAGGAAUGAAGACCAGUAUUACUAUUUUAAGACAAAGCUGUUUUCUUUUUUAUUGACUCUCUUAUCUUAGGUCUAUGUCUGCACUUGAAGGCGUACAUGUGUGAAAGUCAGAGGACAGCUUUUAAGAGUUAGUUCUCAGCCGGGCGGUGGUGGUGCACGCCUUUAAUCUCAGCACUCGGGAGGCAGAGGCAGGCGGAUCUCUGUGCCUGGCUGCAGCAAGCCAUGCUCUGAGUCAUGCCCAGGCCCGGACAGCCUCGCCCAUCGUCUGGGCCUCCACGCUUGGGUCCCUGGGAGAGGCCAACAGAGCUAUGCCUGGAAACGAAUGAUGAGCGCUCCCAGCCCCCACCAGGCCGCCGCACUCGCAGGCCAGACCCCAAGGACCCUGGUCACCACGGGCCAGAGAGUAUCACCUUCAUUUCAGGCUCUGCAGAACCUGCCACCGAGCCCCCAACCUGCUGCCUCCUCUGGCGCCCCUGGGGGUGGGACUGGUGCAGGGCUGCCUUCUGCUUUCGCCGCUGCAGGGAUUGCCUGCAGCGCUGUGGGGCUUGUGUACGGGGCUGCAGCCCCUGCUUAUCUGCUGGGGACCCCACUGAGGGGUCUGCCGAAGCCGCCUGGGUCAAAGAGCCCAAUGGUGUGCCACCCAGCCCGGACCGUGCACCUCCCAGCCGCCGGGAUGGCCAGCGGCUCAAGUCCCCCAUGGGCAGCAGCUUCAGCUACCCUGACGUUAAGCUCAAGGGCAUUCCGGUCUACCCCUACCGCCAUGCCACCUCCCCAGUCCCUGACUCGGACUCCUGCUGCAAGGAGCCCCUACCUGAGCCUCCUCCCACACGGCACAGCCUGCCCAGUACCCUCCCCAGCAGCCCCCGCGGCUCCGAGGAGUAUUACUCCUUCCACGAGUCGGACCUGGACCUGCCCGAGAUGGGCAGUGGCUCCAUGUCGAGCCGGGAAAUCGACGUGCUUAUUUUCAAGAAGCUGACAGAACUGUUCAGUGUACACCAGAUCGAUGAGCUGGCCAAGUGCACGUCGGACACCGUGUUCCUGGAGAAGACCAGCAAGAUCUCAGACCUGAUCAGCAGCAUCACACAGGAUUACCACCUGGACGAGCAAGACGCCGAGGGCCGCCUGGUGCGCGGUAUUAUCCGCAUCAGUACCCGCAAAAGCCGUUCCCGCCCACAGACCUCCGAGGGGCGCUCGGCACGCUCUACGGCCCCUGCUGCUGCCCCUGAUAGUGGCCAUGAGACCAUGGUGGGCUCUGCCCUCAGCCAGGACGAACUGACAGUGCAGAUCUCCCAGGAGACAACAGCAGAUGCCAUCGCCAGGAAGCUGAGGCCAUAUGGAGCCCCAGGGUAUCCAGGCAGCCAAGACUCAUCCUUCCAGGGCACGGACACAGACUCUUCAGGGGCACCCCUGCUGCAGGUGUACUGCUAACCCCCACUGGCCCAGCAGUCACAGCCCCUCUUGGAAGAAGCAUAGCCAGCGGAGUCGAGGAAUCAGGACCCCUGUGUGGAGGCCAGAUCCUGAGCACAGAAGCAGUGACCUCUGGCUUCUCCUUUCACUGAAUGACUUUAGACUACAUACAUUUCACAGGACUAUGGUGCCCCAUCCUCUGCCUGUUCAGCUGGGCUCACUGCUGCCUGGGCCUGUUUCUUCCUGUGAGCUGAAAGCAAAGUCUUGGGAAGUAGCUUCCCAGUACCAUUCCCAUAUCACCCUAAGCAAUUAUGGAAACUACAUAGGUUGGGUUGAGGACAGAUGGCCUCUAUAUGUGAUUCUCUGGGCAGUGCCCACCAGUUAUAUUGCUGAGCAGUUUGUACUGAUCUUGGCUGUUCUGUAUUGUUAACAUGACCAUAGUUACAAGUAUA